AUAGUUCACACAGAUUAGUGCCUAAACCCUAGUAAAUUAUAAACACAUUCACAUAACGUAAUUUAAAAAAAAAAACACACUCUCAAAACUCAUAAUUGUUUUUGUUUAUGAGACUGAAGAAGCAGAAGAAUAUGGGGAGAAGAAACAACGGCGGUGGUGGUGGUGGCGGCGGAGGAGGAGGAAGGUCUCUGCAAUUUGCUCUUCGCCGACGAGUUGAAUCAUGCAAAUCAAAGUACACAACCCCCGAAGAAAUCGUCGAUCAUCUUCGCUCCAAUUACCCUGAUUACCACCGAACUAAGGGCCAACAACUCCUUCGAUUUGUUAACGAUGCUCUUCAAUUCUCCAAUAAUACUCCCUCACGGAAACCUAACCAGAAAAGCAAUGCCGCCGCCGACGAAGAUGACGACGAUGAUGAUGAAGAAGAGUAUCGAAAUUCUUCUCGAAAGAGACGUAAGGAUAUUAUUACCGAUGAAUGUGAAGCUCGAUUGCAGAAAAUUGAAUCUCUUCAUAUCAAAUCAAGGAUGAGUAAGCAGAUUCCAUCAUCUUCCUCCGAACCUGCUUCCAAUAACAGUGAAGAUGGUGAGGACGGUGCAGUUUCGACUUCAGAGGACGCGAUUUAUAGUGAGAAAGUUGAACCUGCUUUUGAUUUGAUGAAAGACAUGCUGCGAAAUUCAUAUACAGGGGCGAAAACGGUACCUGUGGUGGUGGCGGAGGAAAAGAAUGUCGAAUUGGAUAUGGGGAAUUCAAGUAAAGCUACUAUUACUGUUAAUAGGAAUGGCGGUGAACCACCGAAGUUGUAUCGGACUACAAAGAUACGAUUGAAGGGUUUGGGUACGGGUUCUAAUGUUGCCGGUGGUGGCGGUGUUGGUGUUGUUGAGAUGAAAGGGAAGGAGGGUCCAAUGUUUAAGGAUUUGGGUGGGAUGAAAGAUAUAUUGGAAGAAUUGAUGAUGGAUAUUGUGUCAUUGUGCAAUCCUCAAUUGCCUAGACAUUUGGGAGUGAAACCGGUGACUGGAAUUUUGUUACAUGGACCACCUGGUUGUGGAAAGACUAGACUUGCUCAUGCUAUAGCGAAUGAAACCGGUCUUCCUUUUCAUCAUAUUUCGGCUACGGAGGUUGUUUCUGGAGUCUCAGGUGCAUCCGAAGAAUAUAUUAGGGAGCUUUUUGAUAAAGCAAAAAGGACUGCUCCGUCAAUUGUCUUUAUUGAUGAGAUUGAUGCAAUUGCUUCGAAAAGAGAGAAUUUACAGCGUGAAAUGGAGAAACGAAUUGUGACCCAGUUAAUGACUUCCAUGGAUGAGCCGGAGAGUUCUGAUGAACCUCGUGGCUAUGUUCUUGUAAUUGGAGCCACAAAUAGGCCUGAUUCUCUUGACCCUGCUCUUAGACGGCCUGGUAGGUUUGAUCGUGAGUUUUUGGUUGGCGUUCCUGACGAAUCUUCCAGGGAGGAGAUCCUUUCCGUGCUUACUCGCAAUCUUAAACUUGAUGGUUCAUUUGAUCUGCGCAAAAUAGCCAGGUCUACGCCAGGAUUUGUUGGUGCUGAUUUGGCAGCUCUGGCUAACAAAGCUGGUAAUCUGGCAAUGAAGAGGAUAAUUGAUGAAAGGAAACGUGAAUUAUCUCAAGAUCUCAUGAGCGAGAAUACAAAAGGCUGGUGGAGAGAACCUUGGUUGCCUGAAGAAAUAAAUAAGCUUGCUAUCAAGAUGUCUGAUUUUGAGGAAGCAGCCAAAAUGGUGCAACCUUCAGCAAGAAGAGAAGGGUUCUCUUCCAUUCCUAAUGUCAAAUGGGAAGAUGUUGGUGGGCUUGAUAUUUUAAGGCAUGAGUUUGAUCGCUACAUUGUAAGGCGUAUAAAAUAUCCUGAGUAUUAUGAGGGAAUUGGGAUGAAUCUUGAAUCUGGAUUCUUGCUUUAUGGACCUCCGGGUUGUGGUAAAACACUGAUUGCCAAGGCUGUUGCCAAUGAGGCUGGAGCUAAUUUCAUUCAUAUCAAGGGACCUGAGCUUCUAAAUAAAUAUGUUGGGGAAAGUGAGCUUGCAGUGCGGACAUUGUUUAAUCGUGCAAGGACUUGUGCACCAUGUGUACUAUUUUUUGAUGAGGUUGAUGCUCUGACUACUGAACGCGGUAAAGAAGGUGGAUGGGUUAUUGAAAGACUAUUGAACCAGUUGCUUAUCGAGUUAGAUGGCGCUGAGCAGCGGAGAGGCGUUUUUGUGAUUGGUGCAACAAAUAGGCCUGAGGUGAUGGACCGCGCUCUCUUACGGCCUGGCAGGUUUGGUAAACUGCUUUAUGUUCCUCUUCCAAGUCCAGACGACCGUGUUUUGAUUUUGAAAGCUCUUGCAAGAAAUAAACAUAUUGAUUCUAGUGUGGAUUUGAGUGCCAUUGGAAGAAUGGAAGCAUGUGAAAACCUUAGUGGUGCUGAUCUUGCAGAAUUGAUGAACGAAGCAGUAAUGGCUGCUCUUGAUGAGAAGUUGGCCUCAAUUGAGACAACUUGUGAAUCAUUGACCAUUAGGACAAGUCAUUUUGAAGUAGCACUAAGUAAAGUUUCUCCAUCCGUGUCGGACAAGCAAAGGCAGUACUAUGAGCGUUUGUCAAGAAGCCUUAAAGCGGCAUGAGAGGCACGGGUAGCACGGCGAUGCCUUGUUCUGUUUCUUUACAGUAGGUGAUUAUUAUCUUGAGGAGAAGGUGAAGAAAACCAUUUUUGUUGGAGUGUAGUGAAGUUAGGUUUUGUAUUUGCGUGUUUAUGAUAAGUAUGUUUUUUGUGUAAUCAAGAUUCAUUCGGCAAAAAUUUAGGUGAUUAUUAUCCUGAGGAAAAGGUGAAGAAAGCCAUUAACAACCAAUGCAUAAAAAAAAGGCGAAGAAAAUAAUUUUUGUGGAGUGUAGUGAAGUUUGUGCAACCAAGAUUGAAUUUUUGCCAAAUGGCUGUAAUAUGGUUCACUUAUUCCUUUCACGUAGUAUGGGACCUUUCACAAUCACAUAGUAUGGGAUUUGUUGCAACCAAUGUACUAGAAUAUCAAUAAGAAAAAUGACAUAAAUUGCCUUUCUGCGUUUGCAUUUGCAUCA